GACCAUGUGAUCGAGUUCUGUUGUGGAGAGAGGUGAGAUCAGCGAGAACACAAGGCCAGUAUACGAGAGAAAAAGGAAAGAGCAGGGAAACGGAACUAAGGCAUAGAAAGCCAACUAUUUACGUAUAAACAAGAAUGUCAAUGUCAGGUUCGCCACAGCAGUUACUUAAAGGACGAGAAAUUCCAAGCAGACGUAUAGUUUUGAACGAUAUUUCGCAGUUACCCCAUGAUUACAGUACGACCCCUGGAGGAUCCAUAUUUUCUACAACCCCUGGCGGUUCAAAGAUUUUCUACGAACGUUCAUUCUUGCUGCAGUGUCGAAACUCACCAUUGACAAAGAGUCCUCCACCAAAUAUGGCCAAAAUUCCAGGAGUAACAGCACCAGGCACUGUUGAUAUGCCACUUGAAAAUGGCAAUGUCACAGAUGAAAAUCAAAAACAAAAACCAACAGGUGAAAAAGCUGAACAUGAAGAUGGGCCUCAGUUUGAGAUGGAUAUUUGAAUUCACCGCCCAGAAUGCCUUUCAGUUAGCUUCCAUUGGUGGUGUCCACGGGAACUAAAACAGUUGGGAAGUGCUCUUUCGUACUGAACAUUAUUUUAAUUUUCUAGACAGCUUUUCCAAAUUUGAUGUUCAUACCUCCUUUUAUGAAGAUUGUGUUGAACACAAAAUUGGGAACUAUCAUCAUUGAAACCAGGCUACAAAUCAGAGGAUGUUUUGUUUCUGUACAAAGCAGUUUGUCCAUUCCUUGUCAUUUGUAUGCAGAACUGCCACCAUGUCGAUGCUUUAGACCCCACAUGACACUGUUGAUUGCCAGAUUCCUAUGAAGAUCUGUGCAAGCAUGUAGUCCAUGUUAUGUCAAGUGCAGCGGUUUUUUUUUAUUCCUUUGAAGUUCUGGUUAUAUUGUUAUAUUAACUAAUUACCAACUUUGUAGCAGAUCUGGGGAAAUAGAGAACUCUUAAAAAAUGUAACCAUGCAUCAAGGGGUUUCUGCAAGUUCCACCCGUGAGUGAUGUGAAGAGAUUAGUGGAUGAUAAUGUGUAUACAAGAUGGCAGUACUUUAAAUACCCAUUCCCUGAGUAUAUAUGAAAUCCUUUUUUAUACAGAAUGAUUGUUCCUUUUUACAUGGUUUGUCAGGGACUAUGAGAGAGUUAAGGUGGGUGCCAUCUUGACACCAUUGACAGGAAGUAACGGCAGCAUUGGGGUAACCUCCGGAUGUGAUGAACAACUCCAGGUUUCAUCGUACUGAAAAAACUUUUUGUCAGGACAUUUUUUAAGAAGUCAUUGAAGACUGUUAAUUUUGUUUUCUUCCUUUAUAAUAAUGAAAAAGAACUGUUUUAUAUUUUGAGCCUACUAUCUUAGGCAUGUGAUAGCAUUGAAUGUUAACGCGGCUGAAAAUGGUGCACAUUAUCAUACUGCAUGAUUUGUAGUAAAUGAAUUAGCUUUUUUAGUUCAGUAGUUGGUUGUCUCGGGUAAUGCCUUCCUUGAGCCUUCUUAACAUUUUGUGAGAGGUUUUUAGACUAGUUUACUACAUUGCUGAUAUCGGAAUGUAGGACAAAUACAUACACAACCAACUCAAUAGUUGCAUAAACCACUUACAAUACUGAAAAUGUAAAUCCCUUGUGUUUUAAAAUCUGUGAAGGUAUUAAUAUUUUAAAAGGGUGACUUUGAUUGCAGAUGAAAAGAUGACAGUGUUAUAACAUACAAGGGCAUUAUUUGAUAUCUAAUGCACAUGCAAUUUUGUUUUCCAGCUAGACAUCUAUUUGAUGUCUGUCUGCAAACCUGUUAUAAUUUGAUUGCUAGAUUCAAUUUUGUUAACAUGUCCCUCUUAGUUUAUGUCGAGUUUCAGUACUUUGUUAAUUUCAUCCUUUAAUUAGGUCCCUUAGUGUUUUAAGUCAUAUCUAUUGUUAUAAUUUUGAUACUAUAACUUAAUAUAAGGAAAGCAACAGUUAUAAUAUUUGCUAUAUACCCCUUUUUCUGCAUUGUAUUAUAAUUUAGUACAUUCUGCUGGACUACGUUUUUUAAAGUAUUAUUUACAAGAUCAUGAGGUACGAAGAAUUGUGAUUGGUUGUCUGUAUGCAAUGUUAUGGUAGAGGUCGUUCCUUCAAUUUGGUCGACAUCUAGCGCUGUUUUAUUGUGACAGAUGACUGUACACAAUAUAGAACAUAAAAAAGUUAUUAAAAUUAUGAAAUUUAAAG